AUGUUCAAGAUCAAGGAACUCAAGGGUCGCGAGAUUUUGGACAGCCGUGGCAAUCCCACAGUGGAGGUGGAUCUCGUCACAGAGGGUGGUGUCACAGUCACCGCUGCAGUGCCAAGCGGUGCCUCCACGGGUGUGCACGAGGCCUGCGAACUGCGAGAUGGAGACAAGGGCCGCUACCUGGGCAAAGGCGUUCUGAAGGCUGUCGAGUCUGUGAACACCGUCCUGAACGCAUCCCUGAAGGGCUUUGACGUGUCCAAGCAAAAGGAGCUUGAUGACAAGAUGAUCGAGCUCGAUGGUACUCCCAACAAGAGCAAGCUUGGCGCCAACGCCAUCCUUGGUGUCUCGAUGGCCGCGGCCAAGGCGGCCGCUGUUGCAAAGGGCAUUCCUCUGUACCAGCACUUUGCCGACCUUGCUGGCAACACUCAGAAGCUCACGCUGCCGGUGCCAUGCUUCAACGUCAUCAACGGUGGCUCUCAUGCUGGCAACAAGCUCGCUUUCCAGGAGUACUUCAUCAUUCCCGUGGGCGCAUCCUCCUUCAAGGAUGCCAUGCGAAUCGGUGCGGAAUGCUACCACACCCUGAAGGGCAUCAUCAAGAAGAAGUUCGGUGGUGAUGCCACCCUUAUCGGUGACGAAGGUGGCUUUGCCCCUCCCUGCGAUGCGAAGCAGGGUGUGGAGUUGAUCAUGGAAGCCAUCGAGAAAGCCGGUUACAAGGACAAGUGCAAGAUCGGCAUGGAUGUAGCAGCCUCGGAGUUCAAGCAGGAGGGCGCAGACUGCUACGACCUUGGCACUUGGUAUGCAGAAGCCGAGAAGACCCCGGAACUGAAGAUGUCUGGCACACAGUUGGCCGAUUUCUACGCGGACCUUUGCACAAACUACCCGCUCAUCACCAUCGAGGAUCCCUUUGACCAGGAUGACUGGGCUGCCUGGACCAGCUUCACUGCCAAGGUUGGCGGGCCGACUCAGGUUGUCGGAGAUGACCUGACUGUGACGAACGUCUCUCGUGUGAAGAAGGCCAUUGAUGACAAGGCCUGCAAUGCGCUUCUGCUGAAGGUCAAUCAGAUCGGAACGGUUUCUGAGUCUAUCGAGGCAGUGAAGCUGUGCAAGACCAACGGCUGGGGUGUCAUGUGCUCCCACCGCUCUGGCGAGACCGAGGACACCACCAUCGCAGACUUGGCCGUCGGCCUUUGCACUGGCCAGAUCAAGACCGGUGCCCCAUGCCGAUCUGACCGAAAUGCCAAGUACAACCAGCUCAUGCGCAUUGAGGAGGAACUGGGUGACAAGUGCGCCUACGCAGGUGAGUCGUGGCGAAAGCCGGUUUGGAUGGCAUAA